AUGGCGGCCGCGCGGUGCUCGACGCUCCCCGCGCCGGCGUCGUGGCUUCGUCGCCUCGUGCGAACCCGCGCCGCGCGUCUCGGAGCCCCGGACCGCGCGCACGCGCGUCGCGACGUCCGACGCGCCGCGACGGACGCCGACGCGACGCGAUCGCGGCGCGACGACGACGGCGUCGGCACCGACGACGCCGCCGACGCGACGACGCCGCCGUGGACGACGGACGCGAGCGGCGGCGUCGUCUUCACCGCGUCCGACAUCGCGUCCGCCACGGGCGGGACGUUAGUGCGCGACGCCGCCGCCGGGAGCGUGACGACGGACACGCGCGACGUCGCCGGCGGGAAGUGGUUCCUCGCGCUCGUGGGCGAGACGCGCGACGCGCACGAAGAGUUCGUGAACGACGAGCUGCAAAACACCGAGUGCGUCGGCGUCAUAUCCUCGCGUCCGCCGCCGGGUUCGUGGCGCAAGGGAUACGUCCAGACGGCGUGCGACCCCACGACCGCGCUGCAGCGGCUCGCGUCGGACGUCCGCGACCGGUUCCCCCCGGACGUCGUCGUCGUCGGCGUGACCGGGUCGGUUGGGAAGACGACGACGCGCGCGCUGACCGCGCGCGCGCUCGCGUCGCUCGGCGUCGUGCAUCAAACCUCCGGGAACUUCAACAACCACGUCGGGCUGCCGCUGACGUUGUUGAAGACGCCGCCGGACGUUCGCGCGUGCGUGUUAGAGCUCGGGAUGAGCGCCCUCGGGGAGAUCUCGACGCUCGCGAAGAUCGCGCGGCCGACGGUGCGUCUGGUGACGCGCGUCGCGCCCGCGCACCUGAGCGGCGUCGGCGGAGAUAUACGCGGCGUCGCGAGGGCGAAGGCGGAGAUGUUCGACGGCGCGUCGGCAGGGGACGUGUGCGUCGUGAACGCGGACGACGAGCACGUCGCGGGGAUGACGAUCCCGGACGGGGUCCGCGUGGUGACGUUCGGAGCGGCGGCGGCGGCCGCCGCGGGAGGAACGGAGCGCGACGGCGGCGGCGGAGGACGACCGCCGGACGUGUCGUACGACGACGUCGUCUCUCGCGCGCUGAAGGGCUUGUCGUUCACGCUGCGCGCUGCGGCAUCCGACGAGAAGGUCGCGGUGUCGCUGCCCGCGCCCGGCGCGCACAUGGCGUCGAACGCCGCGGCCGCGUGCGCGUGCGCGGUCGCCGCCGGCGUCAGUCUCGAAGACGCCGCGAAGGGCGUCGAGGCGUUCGAAUCGGACGACGCGGCGCGGCUGCGCGUCGUGGAGACUCCGGGUUCGAAGCUCACGAUCGUAGACGAUGCGUAUAACGCCUCCCCUGCGAGCGUUCUCGCCGCGUUGAGGGUGAUGAAGGACGCGAUGGAUCAGGACCAGGAGUACGAGGAAGAGGAGGAGAAAUUCGAGGCGAAAGAGAAGCAGGAGAAGGAGGAGCCGAAGGCGGAGUCCGAAGCCAAGUCGAAGUCGAAAGCCAAAGCCAAAGCCAAGUCGAAGUCGAAGCCGAAGCCGCAGAUGAAGAAACCCACGAAACCGAGGCCGCCGAAGGUCAAGAAAACCAAGACGUUCGUGCUCCUCGGCGACAUGCUCGAGCUCGGCGAGGCGUCGAAACAGCACCACGAAGACGUCAUCGAGGCGUGUUUAGACGCCGGGUUCGACAAAAUCGGCCUCGCGGGACCGGAGUUCGUCGAGGCGCUGCGCGUUUUCUUCCCGAAGCGAAACGUCCAGAGCGUCGUCAUCGCGAAGGACGUGGAGGAUCUUUGGGACAUCAUCGAAGGCACGCAGAUUAUCGGCCCGAACGCGCGCGUGCUCGUCAAGGGCAGCCGCGGGAUGAAGAUGGACUACAUCGUCGAUCGGCUGCGCUCGCGCGAGGGCGCGUAG